GCAUUUUAUUUAACGUUCAGGAUUGUUAAGUACACAGACACUCGUCAACAAUCCACUCGCAGUGUCACAUCACUUUUCAUUUAUAUAUAUACAUAUAUAUUUUUUUUAUUCAAUUCAAUUCUCAACAAGUGUACAAGUAUCCCAUGUUCAUAUAAUAUAACAAUAUAUACAUCUAUUUACUCUUCUUUUCACUGCAUUGUCAUGCUAAAUAGUGAUAAAUUUAUUUGAUGAAAGUUGCAAAACAGUGACAGUGUUUAGUGUCAUUCAUAUUAGUUUUUUUUUCUAGGACACUGAUAACAUUUUAUAUAAUUUUUAUCUAUAAUUAUUUAUUAUUUAUUCUUUAAGAACCGAUACUAAAAAUAAUAAUGUGUAUUAACAUUACCAUUACCAUGUGUAGAAAUAUAAUAAAACGAGUGACCCAAUUGUGUUCAUCAGACAAACAAAGCUGUUUUACGUAAACGUUUUUUAGUUUACUUAUUUAGGUUCUUUUUUUGUGCGUCAGUGGAUGGGUAAUGAUGUAGAGGUGGAACUUUUGAGAUUUUCCAGUUGACUUUUUUUUUUUUUAGUUUGUUAGAUCACUCGAUAGCUUACGGUUUAAAAAUUUUUAAAAAGGUAAAAAUAUAAAUUUUUUAGUUUAAUAAUAGUGACGAUACACGUGUCAUGAGUUAUGUAAUGAGAAAUAGAGUUUAGCUGGGUAUGAAGACGAGACAACAUGGAAUAUAAGCUAAUAAGUUAUUGUGAUUGUUGAAGUUUGCAAGUGAGAUAAAUAAUAAAAUAAUAAAAAAUAUUGUUUAGUUGAUUUAAAGUUUUUGUUCAAGUUUUGCUUGAGUGCACUCGAGAGAAUUGUGAAUAAUAUUUUUUUUUUUUUAUAUUUUUCUAUAUUUAUUGAAUAGACUUGAGGUAAUGAUGCGAAGGACACAGAUACAGGUAGUUGUUAUCAUUCACCUGGUCAUCGGUAGUAUUACGGUUGGAGAAAAAUGUGAAAAUUUAAGUUGGGAAAAAGUUGAUGGCAUGAUGCCGGAAAAUUAUGUUGCUGGUGAUGUACUUUAUAGUGCUGCGGAUAAUGAUGGAAUUGUUACUGCAUGUUUUGAUAGAUGUUUGAAUGUUAAUUGUACGUCAUUUUAUAUUGAUAUUAAUCAAAGUACAUGUCUAAAAAUAACAACAAAUAGUGAUAAAUUUGAACCAGCGCCUACUUAUACUUUUUAUCAUAAAAUAUGUCUAACAGUGCCAGCAGAAUGUACUAAAGAUAGAAUAUGGCAAGUCCAGAGGACCUUGGGAGAAAUCCUAAUUGAUACAACGGUUAAUUGGCUACCUGAAGUUAUGACGAGAAGUAAAUGUUAUCAGAAAUGCAUUGCAGCAGGCUCUAGAUGCAAGUCUGCACAAUUUCGUGCGAGUGUUGAUCUUGCAAUUGGUGAUGUACAGGGAAUUUGUGCUCUUUUGACUAUCGAAAGAGGUAUCAGACCUCAAUCAUACCGCGCAUCGCCAUAUCGUGAUGAGUAUUUGGAAAUACAGUGCCAUAAAUUAUCAAAUACUGAUUAUUGUUCAUACGCUGACUUCAAUAAUGAAACAUUGCCAUACUCAGAUUUAAAAUUAAUAAAUUAUGAUGCUAAAUUGUGUGAAGAAAGAUGCAAUGAAUCAAAUGAUGGAUUUAUUUGUCGUGGGUACACAGUUGAUUACGCAUCACAAUAUUCACCAGUUUGUUUACUACAUUCAUAUGACACAAUAACUGCUGGUGUCAGUUCACUAGUAAAAACUAAAAAUGCAACUUACAGAGAACGUGAACCCUGUUUGAAUCUCAAAGUAUCCUGUGGUAAUACUAGUAUAAUAAUUGAACUAGAUACUCCGGAGCCAUUUAACGGUAGAUUAUAUGCCAGCGGUUACAGUGAAACUUGUAAUGUACAAGGUACUGGUUCAAAUAAAACGAUACUUGAAUUACGGAUUCCUGAUAAAAAAGAAAUGGGAAACGGUAAUAUUGACUGUGGUAUUUUACCAGCGUAUGCUAUAGAAGAUAACAAUCAAACGCGAGUCGCGGUUUGGGUGACGGUUGUCGUACAAUUUAACGCGAUUAUUCAACGACUGGGUGAUCAAUCGGUACGCGUUGGUUGUACUCUAGAUGAUGAAGUACCGGGACCUAAAAAUAUAACGAUCGGAUCGGGAUUUGAUUUUUUGAAUCCUAACGCGGGAUUGCCGCCGGUUGUGGGCACGAUUUUUAAUACGACGGUAUCACCGAUGGUGUCGAUGAGAAUUUUGGAUGAAAAUAUGCAGGAAAUUGUUUCUGCGGAAUUGGGACAGAGACUUGUGUUGAAAAUUGAAAUGAAUCCAGCGGAUGGGCCUUAUGAUAUGGCAGCAGGACACUUGGUAGCAAGCAGUACAUCAGGUGAUGCAUCAAUACUCCUACUAGAUGAAAUGGGAUGUCCAACAGACGCUAAAAUAUUUCCCGGCAUGUUCAAAGAUCCAGCGAAUAAUAAAUCGUUGCUCUCAACUUUCACAGCGUUCAAAUUUCCCGACAGUUAUCGCGUUAGAUUUAACGUAAUAGUGCGUUUCUGUUUAACCGAAUGCACCCCUACAAAGUGUAGCGGUGACAUUGUGUCCUACGGACGACGUAAAAGAUCAUCAGCAACAACAGCCGAAAUAAAUGAAAUUGAUUCCACGACAGAUAAUACUCUAGAUGAAUUACCGCUGGAGUCAUCAAUUAUUGUACGCGAUGCCGUCAUUGCUGCCGAUCCACUGCGUUCUGGGAAAAGCGAUACUAUUUUUUUCGCCGGCGAGCAACCGAUGGAUGGAUUACUGUGUGUCGAUGCAGCAUUGGCUUUGGGUUUACUCAUAUUUUGGUUAAUUAUACAAAUAAUUCUGACAAUAACUUGUAUUUACGUGUUAAGAAAGUAUCGGAGAGUCGCUCGGAAAGCUGAAGAAGAUCGCGCGGAUAUUUUGACGAGACAUAUGUACGGUAUACAUGGCGGUAAUUUUGAAAUUUCGCGGCGAGUACGUUGGGCCGACCACAAUGGCUCUACAAUUAGUUAAUAUUUAUUUUUGUUUAAUUAUUUAAAUUUGAUAAUUAAUAAUUAUUAAUUAGUGAAAUUAAUUUAUAAUGCCAAAUUGAUUAAUGAUAAAUUUAUAUUUGAAAUUUAAUUAGUUUUAAUUUAAAGUUGAGAACCAAUCAAGAUUUUUUUUAGUUAUUUUUUUGUAGGAAUUUUUUAAAAAAAUAUU